UGUGAAGAAGUAUUAUCCCGUGUUGCCAGCAGUUCCGAAAAACCGUAGCGAAAGGAUGAAAACCGUUUUAAGAGCUGCACAAUGAUUGCGACGACAAACUCAACAGAGGGUGGAACACAGACGGAAGCGUAUAAAAUAUUGCCAUGUUCCCCUUCCUCGGUAGUUGGGUUACAACAACAAUCCAUUUAUUUCUCAGCAGUUCACAUUUUCCUCUCCAUCACAGCAUUUCUCGGGAAUUUUCUAAUCCUUGCUGCCCUUAACAAAGAAUCUUCCCUUCAUCCACCGUCCAAACUCUUGUAUCGUUGUCUGGCAACAACUGAUCUGUUGGUUGGUCUUGUUUCCCAGCCUCUCCAUGCUACUUAUUGGAUGUCCUUGGUUUACGAACACUGGACUCUUUGUCGAUACGCAAGUGGCGCAGCCUUCAUAUCAAGUGUUGCAUUAUGUGGGGUGUCUUUGUUGACGUUGACGGCCAUAAGCGUGGACAGACUUCUCGCUCUGUUGUUGGGAAUAAGAUACAGACAAAUAGUAACUUUAAAGCGCAUAUAUAUCAUUACCACUACUUUUUGGAUUUUUUCCGUAGCCGCUGGAUCAUUUUCCAUUUUGCAUACCCGAAUUACCCUUUGGUGUAGUAUUAUAGUCAUACCGUCAUGCUCAGUGAUCUCAAUCACCUCGUAUACAAAGAUAUUUCGCACUCUUAGACAUAAUCAGGCUCAAGUACAAGAUCGUGUUCAACAACAGUCGAGCCAAACAACUGCUCUAAACAUGGCAAGAUACAGCAAGGCAGUGAGCAGUGCACUGUGGGUGCAGUUAGCUUUAGCUGUUUGUUACGUACCAACAGUUUUAGUGUUGCUUGUGCUCGCUUCUAGAAAAACUUAUUCUUCACAUGUAGUAGUUAUAUAUGCAAUAGCAAAUAUUUUAACAUAUUUUAACUCCACUUUGAACCCGUUUCUUUACUGCUGGAAAGUCAAAGAAGUGAGACAAGCAGUAAAGCAGACAAUCCGGCAAGCACUUUGCUUUCCAAGCCGUAAUUUGAAAUGA